AUGCUACUGCAGGUGGCCACGGAGCUCCACCGAAAGGAUCGGCAGUUGUCCCUGGCCGAGGCGUGCACGCGAGUAGCUUUGGAAGUGAAGGACAGUGGCCAGGGACACGGCGUUUUAGCAGAUGUCUUGGCAUCGAUGGGCAAGGCAGAGGCCUCCGUCUUGGAAUCGCAAACCGCUUUGAAGAUGUUGGUCGAACAGCCAGACCUUCGAAAGGUGAUCUUCGGUAAAGCUCUGAAGAUUUGCCAAGAGUUGGACGACAAGCCUUUGACCGAAGCCUUACAUGCCUGUCAGAAGCUGGCGGAGGAGCAAUACACGGGAAGAGGAAAGACGCCUCCCUUGGUGCAAUGA